UGUAAAGGCAGCGUUUUCAAGUGUCUGAAACAUGUCUACCUCGUCAGGGUUUUUCGACAUCAGUCCGUGCCCUUUUCAGGCCGAUGACGUACGUGACAGCUCACACUGCCACCUCAAGCAAGCUCAAACAGUAUCAACCAACAACCCUUCAGGAAGUGAUGUUGCACAGGAACACUCUACAUGCCAGUCUCACAACAACAACAUCUCAACAGUCCUCAAAAUCAUUGAUGACAUUGUCAACGAGUCUAUCGUAGAUGUCCAGAAUGCAAUGAAAGAAGAGCAGGGGGAUCUUGGUCAUCACCAUGGCAACUAUGUGCCUAAUGAACCAUCUGUGAGUGAGUCCUCACACCCAGGAGGAGUACCUGUUUCCACUGUCCACACAAACCGACCCAGCAGCAUGCCUUGUGUGGUAAGAACACUGGAGUACCGGCCAACUCCCAUAGCAGAGCUGAAGAGGCGCCAAGCUGCUGAGGUCAAUGUUAUGGCUCAGGAACAUCCCAGCUCUGAAUAUGACCCCACAUGUCCAUCCACAAUCAUAGGGUACUGCCCAACUCCCAUCACUGAUUUGCACACGAGUGACACACAGCCAGAACAAGCAGCGAACAAGUAUCAAGAGGCUUUUGAAUAUCGUGGAACAGACAUGGAGUAUGAUCCUAUAAUGAAUUACCGAUGUUCGACUUUCGCAAAACAACAAAAGAAGAAAUUGCCGGAAAUCUCUGAGAAAGACUCUGAAGAUGUUGGGUCAGCAAAGCCAGUCAGGAAAGAAUUCAAAACUGGACAAGAUCACCAUGCUUCAGACAGUUGUCAGGACAAUUCUGAUCCCAUGGAAGUCCCUGUGGUAGACGAUUUAAGUGAUAAUGACAAAAUAAAGCUCCAAAUUUCUGAAUCAGAUUUAAACAAUAAUGAGCAAAUGAAUGUCACAGGGUCAGAGACAGACUUGAACAAUAAUAAUGGGACAAACCUCAGAGGCUCAGAACCAGAAAUGGCAUCACUGACCAGCUUUGGUCAUUCAAUAACAGAAAACAAAAUGGUGGCAUUGAUCUCAGACAGGGACAAGGAUACAAAACAGCUGAUCCAGUCAAAAAGCUCCAGUAAGGAAACUGAAGUAUCAGGACAACUCAACAAACUGGUUGGUGACUUUAACGUUUCCUCUGUAUUGGAAAGAGGUGACAUCAAAAAAAGAAAAACCUCAAAAUUUCUGAAAGAUGGAAACAUUUGUGAAGACCAGUCUCAGACCCCUAAAGUGAAAAGAUUGAAGAAAAAAAGAGUACUGAAUCUGUUACAUGAUAAUCUAUUAAAGUCAAGUUCAAAAUUAGACACCACAGACAAAAUCUCUUCGAAACUAAGGAGACGUGUGAAGGUGUUUGAUGAGGAGGCUUGUCCCGAAUAUUUGCCUCAGGGAGAGAAAAAUAUUCACCUCAGGAUGAGAUGGCUUUUCCCGAACAUUCGCCUCAGGAUGAGAAGACUUGUCCUGAAUAUACUCCUCAGGAUGAGAAAACUUGUUCUGAAUAUUCACCUCAGGAUGAGAUGGCUUUUCUCGAACAUUCUCCUCAGGAUGAGAAGACUUGUCCUGAAUAUACUCCUCAGGAUGAGAAAACUUGUUCUGAAUAUUCACCUCAGGAUGAGAUGGCUUUUCUCGAACAUUCUCCUCAGGAUGAGAAGACUUGUCCUGAAUAUUUGCCUCAUGAGAGAGAAGAUGACAACUCCGUUGACUUGGUGUCUGAAGAAGACCUCUCUAAUGGUCUGUCCAUUUGGGAAGAGAAAAGGAAAUCAAAGAAAGCAAGAGAUGAGGAUAUGCCAGAUGGAGUGUAUGUCAGCAGUACAUCAGGUGAAUAUAACACAGUGUAUGGAAAGUUAGUGAAAAAGGAAAGAAAGCAAAUGGAACACUUAAAACAUUCAGUAUCCCUAACAAAGGGUCCAUUCAUCAAGCUGACAGAUAGCUAUAAUCCUAAACUGGCUGAAAAAAUGGAAUGGAUAAAAACAAAGGACACACACAAACAAAGACAAGAGUUCUCAGUAAAAGGGAAAGGAAGAUCAUGUUACAGCUGCUGUUCAUACUCUGGGUCCAAGAAAGGAGCGGGCUAUGAGGAAGGCAGAGAAAUGGGGGCACAGGAACCUCCAAGGUCACGGAUGAGAUUAACUCAAAAAUCUAGCCGGCCAUAUGACCUGAGUUUUCAGGACUCAAACAGUGAUUCAUUCUACAGGUACGAGGAAGAAAUUAACCCAUUAAUGUUAUACAUCAGCAGCAGCUCAACGUAAAGGAGUUGCCCAAAAACCUUGUCUACCCAGCACUGGAGUCUUCACUAUGGAAAACAUCAAAACAAUUUGUAGUGAAUGAUAGAAUGUACAAGUCUAUGUCCAGCCAAUUUGAAAAGUCUUUAUUUGCAGAAUCAAAUAUAUGCUUUAUUGUUUAACUCUCAAUAGUUAAAUCACAAAUGCAUGUACAUGACUGUACUUAACAUGGUGAUAUUUGUUGAUAUU